AACCGAAAGCAAAUAUAUAAAACAUUAACAUGGUAUUUAUAAAAUAACUGUUUCUAAACGACGUGCAGAAUCAACAAGGGAAUAUAUCUGAAUAACCAAUGCGAAAGUUACACACAAAUGUGAAUUAAAUUUAAUGUCAUGCGCAGUCAGGUCUCGUCGCCACCUCGAGGUGCAUUAUGGGAAAGUCACUCACCGGAAGUAAAUGUAAACGUGAUUGUCAUCGAGAGAGCUUGUAGGAGUGUUCUUUCUGUUGUGCGGCUGUAAAUAAAAUGUAUGUAUUCCGUGUUAGUAAAUGUGAUUGAAACGUAUUUAAAGAAUCUGCUAAUGCCUGUGCAGUGAAAUGCUGAUCCACAGCUGCGUUUAGCCUGCUCAGUUUAGCUAACAUUUAGCAUUGGCGUUUCAAAGAAUAAAACAUGAGUCACUGACGUGCUGUGUUUAACAGCAGUGAUUGUCCAAGAUUUCUUUUUUUGCUUUAAACCGGAGAGUUUAUGGCAUCCAAGCAACCAUUUGCAGAUUCUGACACUGCUGAUGAAGCUGUCAGAGCAACAUGCGACGAUGCAUCUAUAUGCAAAAGGUUUGCUUCCAGUAAAGGUUACUGGACUGACCUCUACCUUCAGUAUUUUGUGAGGCAAACAGGUGAGCGUAAAGCGCCUGAGAUCAACAGAGGUUAUUACGGUCGUGUUAAAGGGGUUAAUCAUCUUCUUGAUGCUUUUCUGAAGAAGACACAAUGUGACUGUCAGGUGGUGAAUCUUGGGGCAGGACUGGAUACUACUUUUUGGAGAUUAAAGGAUGAGAACAUUAUGCCGAAAAAAUACUUUGAAGUUGACUUUCCAAUGAUUGUUGCCAGAAAAAUACACCACAUCAAAAGAAAGUCAUACAUGGUUAAAAUGGCAAGAGAGGCAAAACCUCCACUGUCAAAACCUUUAAUAGAGACUCACUCCAACGAUUCACUGCUUCUGGAGGGCCACAAUCUGGACUCAGACAAGUUUUGUGUCAUCAGUGCUGAUCUAAGGGACCUCUCAACUCUAGAGGACAAACUGAAAAAGUUUCAUAUAAAUCCAGUGUUGCCCACUCUGUUUAUGUCUGAAUGUGUGCUGGUGUACAUGACCGCUGAGCAGUCCUCGAAACUCGUGCGCUGGAUUGCAGAUACCUUCCCCACUGCCAUGUUCAUAAACUAUGAACAGGUAAACAUGGAUGAUCGCUUUGGGCAAAUCAUGAUCGAGAACCUGCAGAGACGUCAGUGCAAUCUGGCCGGGGUGGAUUUGUGUCAGUCUCUGGACUCUCAAAAAGAACGAUUUUUGUCGACCGGCUGGGAAAGCGUAAACGCACUAGAUAUGAUGGCGGUCUACAGCAUGCUUCCUCAGGAAGAUGUAGCCAGAAUUGAGCGGCUUGAGUUUUUAGAUGAGAAGGAACUUCUUCAACAGCUUCUGCAACACUACUGCAUCUGCUGGGCUGUAAAAGAUAAACUUAAUUUAGGCCUCACGCAGAUCGGGUUUUAAACGCCAGUAGGGACUUUUAAAGUUUGCUUUGAGACGACAGGAUAUAAGGAAUCUAAGGAGAGAAAGGGGAAGUCAUUUUUAUCUGUUUUUCCAUCGUUGAGCCCAAUAAAAAUAAAGACUACUGGCAUCAGCGUCUUUUCUCUUCUUUUCUCGGAUCUACCAUGUGAUCAGCAUGUUUUGCUGAAUUGUUUAUAAUAUUUUGUAAAUGGGCAAUUCCAGCGUUAUGGACGUGACAUUUUGCGUUAUGGACGUGACAUAAAAAUGCUCAGAGAAUGAAUUUGUUGCGAUUAUAUUGAACCAUCUGUUUAUAUUUUACUGAACCCUUGUUGAUAGAGUCUAAACAUCAAAAAAUGUCACUCUAUGAAAAAAAUGUAUAUUUAAAAAAAGGGAAAUAAACAUGCGUUAUGGAUGUGACAAAAAAAGGACGCUGUUUUUGGGAGACGAUGAACUUUGUAGGAUUUCUAUAAAAUAAAAUGCACAAUUCUGAAGCAAUAAUACCCAAUGAAUGGAGAAGGGAUGCCUCUUUAUAGAACAUAAAAUAGUUACUUUAUAUUCAAUUUCAUGUGUCCAUUUAUGAGGAAUAUGUAGCGUUAUGGAUGUGACAAUCCUGAAAAUGGCACUUACCUGACUAUGAAAAAUCAUGCACUAAAAUGAAAACAAAUGCUUUACAAAUUUGAAGAGAGAUCUCACAUGGUUAUUUGAACCACCAAAUGUUAAAAUCUGUGCUGUUACCAUAGUAAAAACCGCUGGUAAAAACGUAAUUUUUUCGUGGUAAGGUUGACAUUUUCACGGAAUUGCCCAAAUGUAACACUAUAGAUGUCAUUCAACCAUCAUCAAAUAUUUUAAUGAUACAUAAAACACAACUUUAUAUGAAAAUACUUUGUUAUCUGCAUAUGGGCUUGGAAUGGUGAUGAUAAAUAAAGACUAUUGUGAGUAUGUGCAUGAUUUACUGGUGCACUUUAGAAUGCCUUUGAUCUUAAUUCUGUUAUGCAAUGCCAAGUACAUUAAAAUUGCGUUUUUGAUAAAGAUAAACAAAUUGUGGAGGUCAUACAACCGUAUGUCAUAUUCUCAUUGGAACGAAAUUGCAAAGUGUAUUGAUACUUCAUAAUAGAUUUAUUUAUAAAAACAUUUAUUCAUAACAAAGCAAAGCUAUGACCUUUUAAUGUAAAAAUACACUCAAAUAUUAUGCGUCACUCUUUAUCCUUAAUUUACAUUUUUCCCCCAAAAAUCAAGAAUACUACAAAUCUGAGGAAUAUCUCAAAUGUAACUAUAUGGAAAUAUGUUAGGACCAAAUAAAUGAAAAAUAAAUAAAUCAAAGCUGUUGUAUUUUAGCAUCUGUAGAAUUUGUAAAAUGCCAUUUUCUUGGGAAUGGCAAGUUCUUACCUUGGGAUGCUUUUUAAACCGUACUGGAGGAGUUCCCAUCUAUUUUGGACUGCUUUUUUCUUUAUUAUUUAGUCCAAAUCAUGAUUAAUGAAAUAUGUAUAGCAGUUUUGUUUUGAAAUGGAAAGUUUGAAAAACUUUAAUGGUAAUGUGGCUACUACUCAAUUAACUGUAUUACUAGUAUAACAUGUCAAGGACUAUACAUUCUAAUGGAAGGAUACAAAACAUUUCUGUGAACAAGUCGUUAUUUUUUUAAUAUGUGGUAACUG